AUGUCUUCCUGCAGGGCCCUCCGUAUUCUGGGGCAAGGUUUAUCUUUGCUCGCCGUCCUAUCUCCUCUGUCAGUCGCCGCCGCCUCUUCCAAGGAUGAGUACAAGACCAUGUGCGCCGCCUACGGCGCCUCUACUGCAGACCAGUUCGCCGGCGCAGUGUCCGACUCUGGCAAAUACCUCUACGGCUCAAACCAGUGGGGUUGGGAUGACAGUGGUGCCCAGCUNGGACUGGACGACUCGGACGAUGCUGCUUCGUUCAACGUAACGUGGUCCUGGACGGAGCGCGAUGUCUGGGUAUGCGCAGCUCGACUAUCUCUUGUUUACAUCCAGCUUGCUGACUCGCGACCANNGGUGCACUCGUAUCCCAAUGUCGGUCUCGAAUCUGUGCAGCUGCCUAGCAGACUGGACAACGUCAAGUCUUUCAACGUCAGCGCCGCCUGGGACAUGUUCCCCUCAGCUCAGCCUAAUGCUGCCAACAAGACCCAAGCCCUUAUCGACAUCGGCUGCAAGGCCGAUAUUGCGCUCGACAUGUUCAUCGACAGCAACAACGUGACCUCGACGAACGCCUCCGCCGCCGCCUUCGAAGUCAUGGUGUGGUCGGCUGUCUGGGGCGGUGUCGCUCCCAUCGGAUACCAGACCUUCAACGCCGAGUCGCCCAAGUACACUCUCAACGGAGUCGAAUACUCUCUGUACUCUGGCUUCAACCAGCAGGGUCAGAAGCAAGCUGUGUUCUCCUGGGUACCCGCCGAGAACCAGAACGGCAUCGACGCCGAUCUCUGGGAGCUUGUCACCUACCUUGUCAACGCUGGCAACCUCACCUCCGACAUGUACAUUGGCCUGAUCCAAUUUGGUACCGAGACCGUUCACGCCACCCAAAACGUCACCUUCGAGAUGCAGAAGGCUCAAAUGGACCUCUCGGUUGUCAAGCAAAAGCCCACAACCACCAAGGGAUCUCCUCCCGCCACCGCUGGUGCAUCCAAGGGCGCCGCAUUCCAUGUCGCACCUACCGGAUUCGCUCUUCCCGCAGCUGCCAUGGGUCUCGCUGCUGCCGUCCUCCUCUAA